GUUCAUAGACAUAUUGAAAACAAGACAAUAUGUUAAAACUACUAGCCACCUUGCUUUUAUUAAGCAGCUAUGCAAAUAGUGAAAAGUUCAAUUUCACAAAUUACGCCCUAUACAGGGUAACCCCGAGCACCGCUGAAGAACUAGAAAUACUAAAUUCCAUGUUAUCUAACCCUCAGUUAGAUUUCUUCGAAGAUCCAGUAAUUGUCAAUGAAAUGGUCAGCGUAGUAACAUCACCUGGAUACAGAAAAACGUUUGAUGAUAUAUUAAAAGCAAAUAGUAUUGAUGCUGAAGUUACUAUUGAAAAUAUACAAACGGUAAUUGACAACGAAAAACACGGUAAAUAUAUUCAACGCAAUGUGCAAUCUAUGACAUGGGACGCGUACUAUCCUUUGGAAGACAUAUACUCUUGGCUUGAUGACAUAGCUGCUGACAACAGUGAUAUAGUUACAAUAAUAAAAGGAGGAGAGUCAUAUGAACGAAGAGAAAUUAAAGGAGUUAAAAUUUCUCACGGUAGCGGUAGAAAGUCCAUAUUUAUUGAAGGAGGUAUACAUGCUAGAGAAUGGAUAGCUGACGCAACAGUAAACUACAUUAUUACUCAGCUCUUGUAUAGUGAAGAUCCGGAAGCGCAAGCUGCUGCUAGAGAUUUCGAUUGGUACAUAUUUCCCUGCACAAACCCUGAUGGUUAUGUUUGGACAUGGACAGACUUCAGACUGUGGCGUAAAAACAGGCGUCCCGUUGGAACUGAAUUUGGAAUUGAUUUAAACAGAAAUUGGGACAGCAAUUGGAUGCUUAAAGGUUCCAGCAAUGAUGCUUCUAGCGACAUCUAUGCUGGUACCGGUCCGUUUUCCGAACCCGAAGCAAGUACUUUAGCCGCCUAUAUAGAAAGCGUUGCAGAAAAUAUGGAAAUGUAUAUCAGCUUCCAUUCUGCGGGGCAAAUGCUUAUGGUUCCUUACGGAAAUACUACUGACCGGUUGGACAAUUAUGAAGAUUCGGUGAAAAUCGCCCGCAGAGCUAUAGGCUCUUUGACAGUGCGAUACGGAACGAAAUAUGUGGCUGGCAAUGUGGCUAAAGUAGUUUAUGAAGCAACGGGAGCUAGUACAGACUGGGUAAAAGAAAAACUACGUAUACCUCUCACGUACACCUAUGAACUUCGAGACCUUGGUGAAUAUGGUCAUCUUCUGCCCGCUGAGCAAAUAUUACCCAACAAUGAAGAAAUUUGGGAUUCGGUACUCGCCUUAAUAAGGGAAGGUCGAGCUUUGGGCUACUUCAAUUCUGCUUCUAUCAUUUCAGGAUCGUUUGCUUCUAGGAGUAGAUUCUAGGAGUUUUGUUAUAUCUUGUAAAUUAAGAGGAAGAUAAAACAUCGACAACUUUAAAAUCAUUUACAUGUUCAUGCUCAUAAUUAUAGUUUAGGAACAUUCUAUGCAUUGUAUUUCGCUUGGUAUUUCGUACGUUGCGAUUUUUCUAUUUCGGCGUUUAAAGCAAUUGAUAAUUUGUCUGUACAUAAUUCUGCACAAUGCCUUAGAUAAGGAUCCUCUUUCACCAGCCAAUUUUCAGAAAAUUCGUCUUUGUACGGGACACCAGUAGCCUAUUUCAUGGAAUGCUCCUUUAACAUGUUUUUCAAUGGAUAUAUUUUUAACUUUUAUUAAUUUGUUAUUCUUAAUAUAUUUGUAUUUAUCAUUAUAAAGAUCGUAUUUAACUUCAUGAUUUUAUGCUUCAAGUGUUUUUUUCUUAUUUUCUUUAAGCAAAACAAUUCUGUGUAAUAUCAAUGUUUACUGUAGUAAAACUUAUUUCAACUUUCACGAUUUUUACACAUAUAUAAAAUUGUUGCAAACGGGA